AUGGAGCGUCUCCCACAAGAAAUAGUGGCUAAAGUAGCCGAAUACCUUCCCCGGAAAUAUAAGGGCAAACUCAUCCGGCCAGCCCUAGCUACACUCUCACGCUCCUGGCAGUAUGCCAUAGAAACUUUGACAUUUCGAAACCUUGUCAUCACAAGCGAUAGGCUCCAAAACUUCUGCGCGUCCAUUGCGAGCCAUCCAACGCGUCGGCGCUUCGUCCGGCUAAUCUUUUUCGCAAUCAUCUUACCAACAUACAGCGAUGAAGACUGCGCCAACUAUGAAACGGCAGACGAUCGAGCAGCGAACAACCUUGCCUUCAGUCGCCACCUCUCUGCGCUAUUGCAGGAAUUAUCGCAGUGGCCCGCUGACAGCGAACUGAAGCUUGAACUCUACACCUACUCGCCAACGGAUAACGCAGUGCACGAUCCAAAAAAGGUCUAUUCUGACCGCAACGAACCUGCCAUGGGGAGACGGCUGGAUCUUUUUCGAGAGCGAUACAGCCAGUCGUAUAUCUCCUUCACAAGACCGCCCACAGUCGUCGUCCCACGCGUCACGUCAUUCUUGAUGCGCAUGGAACCAUGGAUGGAACACGAUCGAAAAUUAGACCCUAGUAGCUGGGUUGCACUGACGGCUGCACUUCCUGGCCUGGAGCGCAUCAUCUGGAUAAUCUAUGAACCCACUCACUUUCUAGCUUUACGCCGUCACCAGAUGCACGAGUUCGCCAGCGCAGUCGCCAGCUUCCAACCCUCGCCCGCGUUAAAGGAGUUGAAAAUAGGUGUCAGAGAAUCGUGGUACCCACACAAUGAGAGGCUUCCCAACCUCAACGUGGAUGGUAACUCGAUCUGCAGCUCUCUGUGCGCGCUUCUUGGAAGAGGCAACAUCCAGCGCUUCUCCUACACGGGCCCCAUCGACCCUACGCUGUUCUGGCCCCGAGAAACGGACGAAACUCCUUCCUGGGGGUCUCUGGAGACAUUGAAAGUCAAAUUCUGCCUCGGUAGCCUCGACGGCCAGUGGUUCUUCAAAGGCUCACAGGAAGACUCACGUUGCUACGAGAGCAGCGACAUCCCGCUGCCCCAGGACGCGGAAGGUUUCUUCCCGCCAGGGUACUACGACAGUGAUGAGCAAAACGAUGAGGCGAUAGCGCACGCCAAGUCGAUGGAAACAUUCCAAGACGAGGAAGGGCACAUCAUACAUGCUUCGAUGUUCAGGCGCGCCCCACGAGACGAGGCUAUCAUCCCGUUGAUCAAGGCAGUCGCGCGCCGGCUCGCCCACACACCAUCACUCCAGAGUGUGCAGCUCAAGUCGGAUCGGAUGUUGGGAAGGGAGAAAUGGUUCUUCUCAUACUACCCGCCGGGCCAGAUGAUUUACUGGGAUGAGCACGUCGACUGCCGCGUGCCGGGAUUUGAAAACCCCGUGUCGCACGCACGCUUUUUCCUGCGCGCUGGUGACUCGAAGGCGUAUGAGGAGGUGGCGGCUUUGCUGCGCGGGAUUGGCAGGGCUCGGAAUGGGACGGACGCUGUUGUCACGUUUGUUCCAUUCUCGCGUUGA